CUUUGUAAAAAGUCUAAUCUGUCAGCCAGUGCAUGUCAAAAAAUUUGCAAAAUCGAAUUUGGGGAAAAAGACUCCAAAAUAGAUCUUGAAUUGAUUUUAAAAGAAAAAGUACUGAACAGCGCGUAGAAUUAUUCAUAAGUGUAACUGAUAUUAAUAUAAUUUACGUGGCCAUGGCAUCUCCAUCUCCGAAAUCUCCUGAACAAAAUGAGAAAACGAAACAAUACGACCGGCAACUUCGACUUUGGGGUGACCAUGGGCAAGCUGCUCUUGAAAAUGGUCAUAUUUGUUUGAUUAAUGCAAAUGCUUUGGGUACAGAAAUAAUUAAAUCCAUAGUCCUCCCUGGCGUGGGUUCUGUUACGAUCGUUGACGAUAGCACUGUUAGUGACGAAGAUAUUGGCAGUAACUUCUUCUUAGAAUGUUCAAGUAAGGGUUCAAACAGGGGAACAGAAGCUCUCCGUUUACUGAUAGAAUUGAAUCCUGCUGUUCAAGGUCAUGCUGUUCAAGAGCCGCCGGACCAGAUACUUCAAGAAAACCCAGACUUUUUUAAAUCAUUCAGUGUAGUCAUAGCUACAGCACUUAGUGAGAAAACUAUACAAGAUUUGGCACAACAUUUAUGGGAUAUAAAUGUCCCUUUUAUUCUCUGCCGAUCUGUUGGCUUUUUGGGAUCGUUUAGAAUACAGCUCAAAGAACAUGCUGUUAUUGAAACUCAUCCUGAUAAUGAACAAGUAGAUUUACGACUGGAUGUUCCAUUCCAACCUUUGGCUGACUAUUUAAAUGCAUUUGAUAUUGAAGCACUAGAUUUGAAAGAUCAUGGGCAUAUACCAUGGAUUGUAAUUCUGUACAAAGCUGUUCAGAAAUGGCAGACUUCAAAUUCUAAUAGCUGGCCUAUGAGUAGAAAAGAGAAAAAUGAAAUAAAAGAGAUUAUUCAAGGAUUUAUAAGGAAAGAUGAGAAUGGUGUACCUAUAAGUGAGGAGAAUUUUGAAGAGGCACUUAGAGCAGUCAAUACUGCCCUAGUUCCAACAUUCUUACCAGUGAAGAUACAAGAUUUACUGUACUGCAGUUCUGCUACAAACCUAAACAAGGACAGUUCCCCAUUUUGGAUCAUGUGUUCAGCAUUGAGGGGAUUCGUUGAGGCUGAAGGCAAAGGGAAAUUGCCUGUAAGAGGUGUGCUGCCAGACAUGACUGCCUCUACAGAGCACUUCGUGAAGCUGCAGAACAUAUACCGAUCUCAAGCUGCCAUGGAUGCAGAAAUAGUAUACAGAAAAGUGCAACAGAUUGUUGCCCAGCUGCACUGUGACAGUAUUAGCGAGACAGAUGUUAAGUUAUUUUGUAGACAUGCCCAUGAUCUGUAUUUAAUCAUAGGCUCUAACAUAGCUACUGAAUAUCAGUUGGGGGGAACAGUGGCAUCUUAUAUUUCUCGGUAUCUUGAAGAGCCAGAUGUCAUGAUGGUGCACUACAUCCUACUGAGAGCAGCUGAAAUGUUCCGGUCACAACACUGUAGAGCCCCAGGUGACUGGGAACCUGAAAGUGACAUUUCUAAUUUGAAAUCAUGCGUCACUAAACUACUCAGUGAUAUAUCAUGUUCUCCAUUCCCAAAAGAUGAUCAUAUUCAUGAAAUGUGUCGGUAUGGUGGAGCUGAGAUACACAGUGUAUCAGCAUUUCUAGGUGGCUGUGUAGCACAUGAGGCAAUUAAAAUAAUCACCAAACAAUAUAAGCCAGUGAAUAACAUGUUUAUCUAUGAUGGAUCUUCAACUAACACUGCAACAUUUACUUUUUAAUCAGAAAAAUUAAUAAAUUGUGAAGCAAGA